AUGAUUGACUCAACAAAUGUUAAAAAAGCUUGGGAAUCUGUAACAACUAAUAAUACCAGUAUCAAAAAUUAUUACGAAAAUCAAGACCAUCCAUAUAAUGAAAAAAUUCUAAAAGAUACUAUCCGAGCUCUCAUAGAUCAUAAAGAAAUAAUAACAAGAGCUUAUGAUCUAGAAAAUUAUGUAGAUUCAAUUGUAGAUGCUAUCUCUCAAUCAUCAGAAUCAGAAUCGUUGAUGACCGAGUCCGCUUCUGCACUUCAAGAUCAACAACAAUCAAAUGAAAGAACAAGUAACUUUCUUCCUUUAAAUGAACGAACCUAUGCAUGUCUACCUCCUAUAAUUACCUAUUCAACCUCCCCUAACUCGAGUUUUGUAAAUUUACCAUCUGUAUCCACAAGCACUGACGAUGUUCUAUCGCCAACUCCUAUAUCAUUCUAUCCGACCUCAUCGUCAACACUGACGUCAAUUUUAAACCCAACACAAAAGGCAAACGAAAGAGAACCAAAACAACCAAGUAAUUCAGACGGCGAAACAGUGGAUAUAGAAGGAGCUAUUAAACUAAUAACAGAAUUAGAUGAAGAAGAUAAACAAACUUUUCGAGAAUUAAGCAGGUUAAGAAAAGUAAGGAGUGAAUACGAAAGAGUACGAGAUGAGAUAAAACAAGCAUUAAAAAAUGCAGAAACAAAGGCGCUUGAAACUGCUCAACAGACCAAUAGAGAGAAUUAA